AAAAUCUACAACACAAUUUUUUCAUCGAUCAAAGUAGUUGUGUCACAAAAAUUGUGUCUGUUGCAAGGGUUUUUGUAGAAAAUAUUAGGCGUGAUUAGAGAGAGGGUUUUGGAGAAAACAUAAAAAAUGGCGUCGAGAGGAGGAGGAGGAGCAGUCGCAGGGAGGAUACCGGAGUUGGAGAAGAUGAGCGUCGAACAGCUGAAAGCAAUCAAAGAACAGACCGAUCUAGAAGUCAAUCUUCUUCAAGACAGCCUCACUAACAUCCGUACCGCCACUACUCGUCUCGAUCUCGCUUCCAUAGCUCUUCAAGAUCUCUCCAUCCGACCUCAAGGAAAGAAAAUGUUGGUUCCUUUAACAGCUUCCCUCUAUGUUCCUGGCACCCUCGAUGACGCUGAAAAAGUUCUCGUUGACGUUGGUACUGGAUAUUUCAUUGAGAAAACAAUGGAAGAAGGGAAGGAUUAUUGUGAACGUAAAAUCAACCUGCUGAAAUCAAAUUAUGACCAACUUUUAGAGGUUGCAAGCAAGAAGAAAAGCAUAGCGGAUGAGGCAGGAAUGGUGUUGCAAGCCAAACUGAAACAACUCUCUGCUGCAUCAUAAAUUUCAUGGUUUUAUUUAUCGGAUACUGUAUUUUUGUUAUGGGUUUUUAUUGGAUUUUAAAGUAAUGUAAUAACUUUUCAUGCAUCAAGUACAAGUCAUUAUAUCAACAUCUGUUUAGGGAACCAAAAUGAUUUUCCCUCUUACAUACAACUUAGCUUUGCUCAAAAUGUAUGCACAAUUAUUCUU